AUGUCUAUCAAAGACGAUGAUGGUCAGAAAAGAUAUCAAAUUGCCAUCAGUCAAGAUGGAAAAUAUGCUGUCACGUUUGAUGCAGCAACCUUACAGAUCAAAAUUUUAAAAAAUACCGAUCAUCGCGAAUUCGACACGGAAACAAAGAACGUCGAAAGUUCUGAACCAAAUGUUUCCAAUGAAAUCAAUGAAAGUUCUGAAAUCAAUAAACCUAUUGUUCAUUUUGAAUUACAUGAAGAUUUAUCUAUCUAUAAAUUCUAUACGAUUGACGACGAUCCUACGUCCAAAACUCCGAGUGAUGUCUAUGAUAGAUGGUCGAUCGAUAUAUCCAACAUAGAAGACGAAAAUUUUAUUUUUAUUGCAGCAUCUCGAAUAGAUAAGAAAUUUAUGAAAAAAACGGGAGAGUAUAAAACACGAGAUGAAAAAGUUAAAAUGAUUGCAAAAAAUUACAAUGAUGGAGAUGUUUGUAUAGAUGUACAUUGUUUCCCGAAUGAUCAAACAGAUUGUGAAACCGCUAUUUAUUGUCUUAAAUUAGAAGAUGAGAAAAUUCAAGAACUUAUUAAUUAUAAUAGAUUAUCGGGAAUUUGUAAAUUUGUGCCAAAAGAGAGUGACAAUGAUAUAAAAGAUGUUGAUAUUUCAAAAAAAUUUAUUUUAUUGAACUAUAAUGGUAUAUAUAGCUUUGAAUAUAAUAAGGAAAACAAAACUUUUAAUUUUGUGGAGAGAUUUAAUUAUCCGAGAAUCGUCAUGAAUGAAAUUGAGGAAGUGUCACGGGAAGAUUCACAGGAUUGCAUGAAUCUACUCCUUUCACACAUUAAUAAAAAAUAUUUUUUGAUCGAGGAAAAAAAUGGCGACAAAAAAGGCGACGACGAAAAAGUUCUUGAAGUUUAUGAUCUAGAAAACAUGCAAUUGGAAACUAGUUUAAAUAUCAGUAUUGUUGACGAUAACGAAAAUUACAAAAAAGUUUACUCGAUUGAUAAGCAAAAAUUACAAAUUUGUUUUUCUCUAGGACCUCAAACUAUUGGGAUAUUUCUUUUGGAGCAUGGAUCGGAAAUCGCAAUUAGAAAAUUUGAAGAGAUCAACAAUAUUCAAUUGAUUGAAUUCAUCAACAGCGAUGAGAAAUUACUUUUGAUUGGCAGUGAUUCUGAAAAUGAUGAUCUAAAUAUUAUUAUCUGGGAUAUAUAUGAUACUGACAAGGUUGACGAGGUUGAAAAAAUAUCAUUAGAACAUCUUACAGCGCAACAUCUUAGUAUUUGCUUAGCUAGUACCUCCGGCAAUCUUUUGCAAGUUAAUGAUGAGGGGAAAGUUACAUCAAUUCUCAAGAUGAUUGAGGAGGUCAAAGCAAACAAUGAAAAUAAUGAAAGUAAAUCAGAAAAUCCUGAUUUGAAAAUAUAUGAUCCAAAAUCUAAAGAACUACCACCAUAUAAAAAUUUUGAAAAUCACACUAUAUACUUUUAUGAAAAAAUCGAUGGUAAUUUCGAUAAUAUCAAACCAGCAAUUGAAGAUCCGGAACCAUGGGUAUCAAAUAAAUAUAAAAAAAUUUCGUUUUGUCUUUAUUAUGAUGGUUUAGAAUCUUUACAACUUAUAGUUGAUAAUCAAAAAAAUGAACACCACCACAGAUUACAUAUUGCAAAUGUUCGAUUUGGUUUGAAAUAUUUUCGCAUGGAGGUUUAUUGGUAUGAAAAAGAGUCUGAUGACGAAAAAAUAAUUGAAUGGAAUGAUAUCAAUGAUAACGCAAAUGGAAUAAGAUAUGCAUGUGAAGCAUUAAAAUCUCUUAAUAUGCAUGCAAAAGCUCGUACAAGUUAUUUUAAAAUACAUAAAUACCAUGAAAUAGUCAAGUAUAUUAAUCAUAUAGUCGGGAGAUUUACUGAAAAACGACCACAACGAUAUAGAUUACUAGACGUUCGUUAUCGUAUUAUGAAGAAUUUAAUUCUUGGUGAUUGUGAUCAUUUAAUUCACUGCCUCUUAUUUGGAUUCGGCAUGGAUCUCUAUAUACCAAAACAUAAGUUUUGGUAUGAGGAACGUAAAAAUCUUGAAUAUAUUAUAAUAGAUGAAGACAUGAAUUUAAGAAUAGGGAAAAAGGAAGGUGAAAAUCCAGAAACAGAUGGUAAGCCCAAUUUACACGUUGAACUUCCAACGACAGACGUGAAUUUAGCAAUUUUUCAUUUUAGAGAUCGUAAACCAAAUGAUACAAUUAUAAUUACAUAUAUUUUAAAAUAUUAUGUAUCGUAUGCAGAAAAUUUUUGUAAUUUGUUAAAAAUGGUUUCCGAAACAUUUUAUUUAUUGAAUACAUUAAAAUAUGAAGAGUGUAUCAGAGUGUUAAAAAAUGAAUCGAACACAUUUGAGAAGGACUCCUUGAUUGAUUCAGAUGCUAGCAAAGAUCUAUUAGAAAAAUUUAAAUUAAAACUCACAUCACCCGAAGAUGACAGGAUCACCAAAUUUCAACGAAACACUGAUUAUACAUUAAUACUUAAAAAUAUUCUAUUAUUUAUAUUUAUACCACGAUGGUACAAUAACAAGGAUAGAACUAAAUAUGAAAAUGUUGAUGAUAUUUUUGAUCUCCCAGAUAUCGAAAAAACUAUUCAAUAUCGUUGGCCAAAUGAUAGUAAUUCUACAAUAAGUGAAGGUACUACAAAUUCAUCCGAUAAUCCAUUCUCUACAUUUCCUACUACAUUAGACGCUGCAUACUUUUGGACUAAUGGUAAUUGGAUUCAAAGGGAGCUGUUUAAAUCUUGGUCUGUUGAAAUAUUUACUAUAAUUACUAGCCUUUUGAUUGUAAUAAUUUUGCAGAAUAUGCUAAUUGCUAUUAUGGGUAAUGUUUAUGAAAGUGCUGCGGAUAAAAGUAAGCAAGCAGUAUUAAAGUAUAAAGCAAUACAAAUAUCAGAUUAUGAUAAAUUACAUCAUCGCUUUGAUUUUUGGUACCAAGAUCCAAAAGUUGUUCCUUCUAAAAAAAGUGUAAGAAAAUUUAUAAAAGCCAGCCAUCAAGAUAAAUAUAUAUCAGGGUUUGCUACAGAUUUAGAUUACGAUCAAUAUUCAAUUUGGAGAUUUGAUAAUGAGGAGAUUGGAUAA